AUGUCCGAUUCAACCUAUGACCCCAGAGAAGAUGAUGACUAUAACGUUGAUGAAGGUAGAUCCUUGGACAAUCUUUCGAGAGAAAACUUAGAAAGACGUAUAAGUAAUGAUGACUGGGACGGUGGUAUAAAUCCUGGUCAGGCCCAAGAAAU